GACUAGACCACCUGAGAACGCAGCAGGCCAUAGAGAAAGAAAUGAGCAAGCAUUGGUCAGUGGGCUGUGUGCCGUAGGAGGGGCUACGGCUGCCUAGAAAAAUGCGGGCAAAAGUCUGCGUGUACAGCUUGCACACGAAGUACACACCAUUUGGUCCUCAGCUGCGUACAUAAAUGGAAACCGCGGCCACAGUCCACCCUUCUGUUUGUCAUUUGUGGCUCCAGUAGGACGUGUUCCCACUGCGCGAUGUCGACGUAUGUAGGGAAAAGAUGCGCUGUCGUCUGCUGCAGAAAUUGUGACGGGGACAUCAAGGUUUGGAAACAGUCUGUCUGCAAACUUCACCCGCCUCUGCUGCAUGAGGAUUGCCCGUGCUUGAGACCAUUUUCUAUGCACUCGUUCCCGCAAGGGGAACGCAACAAGUCGAUCCGGAAGUGCUGGAUUGAGAACCUUCAGAGAAAGAACUUCGAUCCUCGCACAUCGUCAAGGGUGUGCUCAAUUCACUUCGUUGAUGGACGUCCCACCGAAGACAACCCAUACCCAACACUUCAUCUCGGAACACCGUAUGUCCGUCACAAGGGAAGACGAAAAAUCAAGAAACAUGUGACUGUGCCAGCAAAGCCAAAGACCAGCACAAACCAGACUAGCUCAUCUUCUGCUGUCAACAACCCACAGAAGCCUGGGGAAAGCAAGCCGGAUGAGGACCAAUCUGAAGUUAGCAGCAUGUUCCGUAAUAUUAGAACGUACCAGCGACCACACAGGUCAUAUAAUGAAGUCCUGCCAAACUGCCCAACAUGUGGCUGUGAACGUCAUGUCACCAAAAAAGUAGACAAGUGUAUCCAGGUUCAGCUAGAACAAAACCAGUACCGGCCAGACAUGCAAGGUCCUGAACAUUCCUCGAAUUUGCAGCUUACUGUCAACAAUGUCAGCCAGAUUGUAGUCAAAACUGAGCCUUUAAUUGAAAACUGAGCCCUUGCAGUAUGAUAAUACUACUGUUUGCUUUCUUUACCAGUGUAUGUGAAAAUGGGAUAAACAAUAUUUUUUUUUU